AUGGCUGCUGAAUACGCCUCGCAUUGGGAGUCGCUAGCGUUUGUCACGUCCAACGGCCAGGCGCAUCUAAUUUCAACAUAUGGAAGUCUGGAGUCUUCCUGGGCACUAGUGGACUCACUAUUCGGCGAUAAAUUACUUGCGAUGGGGGUGAUAAGUUCCCAGGUCUAUGAUGCCCAAACCCAAUUCUACGAGCAACUUAUGAAUGAUAAUGCCGCCUCCUAUGCGUUUGGACUUCCUAUGAAUGAUUCGUCGGAGAUUGGGAACUCAGUGGCUCUGGCAAUGGUUGCGGCAACCAUGACAAACGCAAGUGUUCGCGCUCAAAUCCUCUCGAACAUUGCUUCCUACGCUUCAUUGAAAUCAAGAGUCGACAUCUUCGCUUCUUCAUAUUAUGUCUCGAGUGGAUCGUACAUUUCGGGCCCGGCAAGUCCUGCUCAGGGCGCGCUCUUUGCACCUAUGGUACUGAGUCUGCCAAUACCAUCAUCAAAUAGCACAACGCCCCCUACGCCCCCUACAUCUUACACUCCCGAACCUUCACCAGCCAAAUCACACACGAGUUUAAGCGUCAUUCUUGGGGCCCUCUUUGGGAGCGUAGCGGGGCUCUUGGUCAUUGCCGCCGUUUCUGUGGUGUUCGUGCGUCGUCGCCGACACAGGGCCGUCCCAAAAAACUUGCCUAUCUCCUCACCUCCAUUCCUAUACGACACGGUUACACCGUUCAUCCCCUCCGAGGACAGCAUCUCGGGAUCGUAUGUUUCGCUUGAACGUCUCCGGUCAUUGAAAAUGGAAAGGAUCCGCCAUGCUGUAGUGACAUCGUCUAGGUUCGAGUCGACGCCCCAGCCGUCCCCUCACGAGUCUUCUAUGCAGCCGAGGAGUACGGCUACUCCGCGCACGGCUACGGGGAGCACGACUACAAGGGGCACAUCCGCGGGGGGCGUGGCUGCUGGGGGCGUGGGCUCUCAUCUGGGGCAGCUUGAUGAGGGUCCAGGCAGAAACCACGUAAUGACCGAGCUACGUACGGAAGUGUUGCAGCUACGCCAGUUCAUGCAGAGUAUGAAUGAACGGCUGCAGGUUGAAGCCCCUCCUACAUAUUCGGAGUAG